GUGGUCAUUAUCCAGUCGGGAACGACAAAGGACACGAGUUAUUGUAGAGAUGGAAUACAUGACGGCCUGGGGUCACCGCCGAGUAGGAUUCGACAAUGGCCAGGUCGUCGCCAUCAGUCGUCGAGUCGAAAACGACGGCAGGGAAGCGCCAAAGCCUCCGGCCACAGGGCGUCGUCGAUUUUGUCUCGGCAUUGUCGAUUCCGACACGACGAUGAACCCAGGCCGUCGAGUGGAACUCGACGGUGGAACAGCGCCAAGUCAUACGACCGACGUCGAGUCGAACUCGACAAAUGCCCAGGGCCGUUGUCGAGUUCGACUCGAUGACCACAGUCCGUUCUCGAGCUCGACUCGACAAUGGCCAUAUGACAUGCCGCUGCCGAUUUGUUGGACUCGAUGGCCCCAUGCUGGCCGCUGUCGAGUUCUACUCGACGACGGCUUGCUGGCUAUUGUCGAGUACGACUCGACAGUGGCAAGCCGGCUGGCGUCGAAACAAGCUUUACGAACUCGUCCGCCGGCAAGAGCCAAGGCCUCUGGCCAUCCGUUUGAGCUCCUCGAUUGUCCGUCAUCGGCCUCCUACGCCGCUCCGGUGUUCUGUUUGUCUGCUUUUGGAUAUGCCGUCCCGUUCCCGUGUUCUGUUUGCCAGCCCGGUCGUGUCGAACUGUCACAUUGGCCCCCCACGUUUGAGUCGAACUCGAUCGAGUCGACCUCCAUCGAGUCUAUCUCGAUCGAGUCGAACACGAUCGAGUCGAACACGAUCGCCUGGGCUCACGAUCGGAUCCAACACGAUUGUCUGGACUCACGAUCGUCUGUGCUCACGAUCGCCUGGACUCACGAUCAUGUCCGACUCGGUUAUGAUCGACUGGAUGUGGACUCACGAUCGUCUGUACUCACGAUCGCCUGUACUCACGAUCGUGUCCAACACGAUCCAACACAAAUCGACCUCCAUCGUGGCUUAUCGUGUUCGACUCGAUCGUGUCCGACUCGAUCGCGUUCGACUCAAUCGUGUUCGACUCGAUCGAGUCGAGCACGAUCAAGUCGAGCACGAUCGUGUCGAACUCGAUCGAGUCGAACACGAUCGCAUGGACUCACGAUCGACUCGAAAACGAUCGAGUCGAACACGAUCGAGUGGAACACGAUCGAGUCGAUCAUGAUCGAGUCGAACACGAUCGAGUCGAACACGGUCGAGUCGUGCACGAUCGAGUCUAACACGAUCGAGUCGAACGCGAUCAAGUCUGUCAUAAUCGAGUUGGACACGAUCGAGUCGAACACGAUAAGCCUGGAUUCACUAUCGAGUCGAACACGAUCGAGCUGGCCUGUCACUCUCGCGCCGAACGAGAUCGUGUUGACCACGGACACGAUCACGAUCGAGUUGAACACAAUCGUGGAUGCCUCAUCACGAAGGAGAUGCUGCCUUAUCACUAUCUGGAACUUUUCUGCUCCUCGUGCCAUGCCAACGUUGUGCGGCCUUCUGAUUUUUUGCUUCGCGGUGAUGUGUUGUGUUGCUUUCAGAUUAGGCAACGCUACAAAAGAUGGAAGGAGAGGGGAAGGCAAGUAAACGACGAGCAAGUAAGAAUUCAGGGAGCAUGGAACAAUCUCCGAAAAAAUCGAAGGGGACGCCGACCGCUGGGGUUGGGAGUCU